AUGGCCGUGCCAGAUGCCCGGACUCGAAACAAGAUACGUUUGAGUCCAACGAAAGUGUCUGUACCAGGCCAGCUUUUGCAAAACGUACUCGUCUCCAACGUGCUCUAUGUCUCAGCUCUUUAUGUUGCAAAGGAAUAUUUGCUAUCAUUCGAUGUCGGUAUUUUCUGGGUCGUCAUGAGAGUGCUGGCUUGUGGAGGGCUCGGUGUGAUAAUAUGGGAAGGGUUGACUGGAACGUUAAUGAAGAAAAAUAACUGGUCUGCUCUUGGCUUCUCUUCGGUAUUGGUGCUAGUGCAACAAGGCAUGCUUUACACAGCAUUAAACAACAUUUCAUCCACUCGUGUGAUCAUGUUCACUCACUUUUCUACAAUCUGGGUGAAGCCCGCGUUGGAGCCCACUUCACUAUGGAAGAGCCUUGCUAUAGGACUAGCCUUCGUGAUAUCUAUGGUGUCGGAUGUUGUGUCAUCGGACCGUACUACAUCUGCUGUGCUCAUGAGCUAUGGUGCCCUCGUGAUAUAUGGACUAGCCUCUAUUGCUCUUGAACACGUUUAUGGAGUUCUAUCGCCUAGCGUUGGGUCCCCAUUUGUCACUGCUACGAGCACUCUCGGAGCUGCCUUGCUUGGCCUCCCACUAUAUGCGUUCCGGAAGGCUAUGUUGGGCUACCCACCUUCGCCUAUUGUCCCACUCUCUCAUUUGGCAACCCUCCCCCUCUUAACAUAUGUGAUGCUGUUUUUGACUUCGUCUACCACUGAACCGCAUCUCAGUUCACCACAAUCUUCCCAGUAUUUUAUGUUAUCAUUUCCGUCCGCCUUUAUCACUGCCUCUAUCAUUGGAUCUGCUUUCUUCUCUCACUACCCGAGCUUAACUGACUUCUUGAUUGCUUCAAUGCUUUAUUACGGUAUGCACACCGGAAAUAGUUACACAUUAUCAGCUCCACCAGGAACAGCAAGUUCACGUUUGAUGCGGACAUACCUGAAAACGAUAUUGGCCAAUCCCGAAUCCAGAAAAAUAUUCUACUUCUUGAUGUUGAACAUGUGUUACAUGCUCAUUCAAAUGCUUUACGGGGUAUGGACCAAUAGCUUAGGCCUGAUUUCAGAUGCGAUACAUAUGGCAUUUGAUUGUAUGGCCAUUGGUGUAGGUUUGUUCGCAUCUAUCAUGGCAACGUGGCCCUCGAAUGAACGAUUUACAUAUGGGUACGGGCGGAUAGAAACUCUGUCAGGGUUCGCAAAUGGUAUUUUCCUUAUCCUUAUUUCUGUCUUCAUUGUAUUUGAGGCCAUUCAACGGAUCCUUGACCCCCCUGAAAUGAACACUAGCCAAUUGUUGUUGGUCAGUUCCUUAGGAUUGGGCAUCAAUCUAUUUGGGAUGUUUGCCAUGGGUGGUCAUCACCAUCACCACCACGGCCAUCAUGACCACCAUGACCAUGGCGACCACGACCAUUCACACCCAACCAGAAGCAUCGAUGAACAUCAUGCUGAACACCAACAUGGAGUCAAUGACAUUUCUGAGACGACUACACAUUCACAUUCUUCUGGGCAUUCUCAUGUCACAACUCAGUCGCACUUACACUCACCCGUGCUGUCAAACCGGCGUUCUACAGCUUCCUCUGUUUCUUCUUCUCGUGCCCCUUCUCCAAAGCCUCAUCUAUCUGGGUCUCCGGAACACGAAAAAAAGCUGUCGAGAGCCCCUUCACGCUCUCAAGAAGAUUCAGAGGGUAGCCAAGGCACGGGCUAUCACGAAACAGUAGGAUCCCAAGAGCGAGUGCAUCACAUGCACGACUCUCCAGAAGUAACAGAGCGGGGAAAGCCAUUAGCUGAUGCAGUCUCUCAUCACCACGAGAAUGAUAAUUGCUGCACAAAAGAACACGACCAUGGACACCAUCCUUCUGGUCCCACGCAGAUGGCUCACCAUGAUCACUCAGACCACCACUCAAAUCAUGAGCAUCAUGAUCACCCCCAUACUCAUCAUACACAUGAUCAUUCUCACCACAAUCACUCCCACCACGACCACUCGCACGACGAUCACUCACACGACGAUCAUUCUCAUCAAGACCAUUCUCACCAUGACCAUGACCAUGGACACUCGCAUCAUGGGCAUAGUCACAACAUGCGAGGCGUUUUCUUACAUGUCAUGGCUGAUACCCUUGGUUCAGUAGGAGUUAUUGUUUCGACACUGUUGAUACAGUUUUAUGGAUGGACAGGCUUCGAUCCUAUCGCUUCUCUGUUCAUCGCUGUUUUGAUCGCUGCCAGUGUUAUACCCCUUGUCAUCGACACUGGUAAGGUCCUUUGCUUGGACGUAGGGGACCGUGAAACUAGCAUUCAAGCCGCUUUAUCGGAACUCAACUUUGUGGAGGGAGUGCAUUCCUAUACAUAUCCCCGAUUUUGGCCCAAGGAUCCGUCAAGCCUGAUAGGCUCCAUUCACAUCCAACUAACGCCAUCUGCUCCACACGACCCAACUGGUACACAGAAUUCUCGUGUUCGUGUAGACCGCAUAGUGGAACGGGUAAAGAAAACUCUACGUCACAAGAUAGGUGGCCUGGAGGAGCUGACAAUACAAGUCGAUGGAUGAAGCACAUCUCGUCUCGUUACAAUUGUUUAAUUGCAUAGUAAUAUAUAAUCAUUCGAAAU